UUUUUUUUUUUUUUUUUUUUUUCAUUUUUUGGGGUAAAUUUUAAAAUCCAUAACUCCAAGAGGUUCGGAGAGGGAAGGAAAGAGGAGGAGUGAGUCAAACUGAGUGGGUCGCCUGGAAAACGUAGCAGCCGGGUUUGAUUUUGAAAAGGUGAUGUGUAAUUUUAACAAAUAAAGUAGCGGUGCGUAUGUGUGUGUAUGAGAGCUCAACAAUCUGUCUGGUGUGGUGGCACUCCUCCUGAUAUCUUUUCUCUUUGUACUUUGAGAAUAAAUAAUAAUAAUAAUAAUAAUAAUAAUCAUUUUUGUUUGAAUAAUAAGAAUAAAUCAUGAACAAGAAAGGCUUGGCCAUCUUAAUGCGUACCAGAAUGAGGCCCAACGACUCCUCCAGGCUUCCUCAAUCUCCUCUCAAUAACCUGGUUAAUCAAACGCUGCCGAAUUCUCAAGGAAACCAAUCAAUCGGAGGUGGUUUGCAGCAGCAGCAUGGUUCAGAAGAUGGAAACGAAAAGCUCAACUCCAGAAACCCCGACAGGGAUUUUGAGCGCGUUCGUGAAUCCAUGCACUCUGCAAUAUCCAUGAACAAAACAGAAGUUUUAGAUACAGUGCUUGAUGAUUUCUCGCAGGGUUAUUUUAGGCUUUCUCCUGAGAAUCGCCAGAAAUUACUUAUUUUACUAGCCAAAGAGUACGAUCUUAAUAGGACGCAAGUUCGUGAAUUGAUAAAACAGUAUCUUGGACUUGAGCUUCCUGGGGAAGAUGGAAAAUCAGGUGGGCUUGAAGAUGAAGGUUUAUUCUCAGCUUUCUUUCGUAUCGAGAGGAAUUUGAGACAUGCUCUCAAGCCCAUGUAUGAAGUUCUUUUUGAGCGACUUAAUACGCAUCCUGGGGGUUUGAAGUUCUUGUCCAUUCUUCGAGCUGAUAUUUUAUCUAUUCUCGCAGAGGAAAAUGUUGCCUCUUUGCGAGCAUUGGAUUCCUAUUUAAAAGAGAAACUUAGUACAUGGCUUAGUCCCGCUGCCUUAGAGCUUCACCAGAUCACAUGGGAUUAUCCUGCCUCCUUGCUGGAAAAGAUUGUGGCAUAUGAGGCUGUGCAUCCAAUCAGCAAUCUUAUAGAUCUUAAGAGAAGGCUGGGAGUUGGUCGCCGUUGUUUUGGAUAUCUACAUCCAGCAAUACCUGAUGAACCCCUUAUUUUCAUUGAAGUUGCACUUUUAAAGAAUGUGGCUCAAACAAUACAGGAAGUUUUGUGGGAUGACCCUCCUAUACCAGAAUCUGAGGCAACAUGUGCAUUGUUCUACUCUAUAUCAUCAACUCAGCCCGGCUUAUCAGGCAUCAACCUUGGAAAGUUUCUUAUUAAACGUGUGGUAACACUGGUCAAAAGAGAUAUGCCACAUAUUUCUACCUUUGCAACCCUGAGCCCAAUCCCAGGGUUCAUGCAGUGGCUCCUGUCUAAGUUGGCAUCUCAAUCAAAGCUUUCUGAAGGAGAAGGCGUGUUGAAUUCGUCAGCAGAUAGAUAUGCUUCUACAUUUUGGGAGAACAUUCUUGAACCUGAAGAAGAAAGAGCUCUUAUGGAUGCUUCCAAGGAAUUCACUGAUGGAAAAAAUGGUAUGGAAGUGAUGUUUAACUUGCUGAAAUCAACAGAUUAUGAGUGGACUGUUUCAGCUCAAUUGCUUUCGGUACUAAAACCCGCUUUGAUGCGACUUUGUGCCAGGUACCUUCUACAAGAGAAAAAGAGAGGAAAAGCUCUAGAUUCUGUUGCAAACUUUCACUUGCAGAAUGGAGCAAUGGUUGAAAGGAUUAAUUGGAUGGCGGAUCGAUCAGAAAAAGGCCUCCGUCAAAGUGGAGGUAUUAUGGUGAAUUAUGUUUAUAGACUAGACAAUAUUGAAGAGUAUGCUCAGUCAUAUUUUAGCACAGGGCAUAUCCAUGCUUCUAAUGACCUUCGCCGCAUUGUUGAGGCACAGAAGGAACCUGAAGGGGCAUAGCAAUAGGCAGAUUGCAGGAGGAUACAUGAUUAUGGCUUUUCUUGCAAUGUAUACUAUAUCGGUCAUUUUUUUUUUCCUUAUUAAACCAAAAAAAAAAGGGGAGAGCUGAACGUUGUAAAAUUGUUGCAAGUUGUCUACUUCAUCUUGUCCAAUAUAUCUGUAAACCACAGUUUUUGUUUUGGACACAAAAAACCUCCCAAGAUGAAAACGCCAAGUGUAGUGUCCUCCCCAGGUGAAAAAGCCAAGUGUGAGUGUUGAAUGGUAUAAAAUUGUGAGUAUUCUUUCUCCUUGUCCAAUAUAUGUCUGUAAAGAUACAAGUUAUGGAGCUUAGCCAAUAAAAUAUUUCAAGCAUUUGUUUGAA